GACUCCCCUCUCAAAGCUGUCCAGAUGCUGUGGGUGAAUCUGAUCAUGGACACGUUUGCUUCCCUGGCACUUGCAACAGAACCACCCACCGAGUCCCUCCUCCUGCGAAAGCCAUAUGGUCGAGACAAGCCCCUCAUCUCUCGUACGAUGAUGAAGAACAUCCUAGGCCACGCCAUCUAUCAGCUCACGGUCAUCUUCACCCUUCUGUUUGCUGGUGAGGUCAUGUUUGACAUCGACAGUGGCCGGAAUGCCCCUCUGCACUCUCCUCCUUCAGAACAUUACACCAUCAUCUUCAAUACGUUUGUGCUGAUGCAACUCUUCAAUGAGAUUAAUGCCCGCAAGAUCCACGGCGAGAGGAAUGUCUUCGAAGGCAUUUUCAGCAAUCCCAUCUUUUGUUCCAUCGUCCUGGGCACCUUUGGCAUUCAAAUCGUGAUUGUCCAGUUUGGUGGGAAGCCCUUCAGCUGUGCGCCCCUGACCAUCGACCAGUGGCUAUGGUGCCUUUUCAUUGGCAUUGGAGAACUCAUCUGGGGACAG